CCACAAGCGGUAACCCCGAGCUACACUCGGGAAUACACUGCAGCGUUGCUCCGGGAUCCCUGCAGCACUUACCUUGUCCUGCGCUCCCGCGAUGUUUCACCUGCAGUGUCCCCGGCAAUUUCCUCCGGCCGAUGCAUCCGGCUUCCGUGUUCCGGUCCCUGUGAGCGUCGGGACGUACGGGGGACGGAACCAGCGGCAAAUUUGAAAAUUUUAAAAAUUGACAUUUUUGCAUUUCACAUACAUUGUGUCCCGAGUGCUUUGUCCGGCGCCCCGCCUGCAUUUUUACCGCCCUUU